AUGGCCACUCGCCGAAUCAUCUCUGAAGAGAAAACUCUCCUCGAAAAAGACGACUCAAUCGGCUCAAGCCCAGCCGCUGGUGAGAAGUCUGACACCAGUCCAGCUGUCCCAGCAUCUGUCAUUAUAAAACUUCUCGCCUUCACUCUCGGCAUGAUAAUUAUUCCCAUCAGCUCCUAUUUCCUCACGGUCAACUCUGUCUUCAACGGCAACUCAACAUACGCGGGGGCUCUGGCGGCCAUCAUGGCCAACGCGGUGUUGAUCGGGUACAUCUUUGUCGCCAUGGCAGAGGACCAGUCAGACCAGGAAGGAGUAGCAGGGGCAGGUGGCCGGUCAAAAGAAGGGAAAAAAGACCGGUGA